GGGUUUUCCUCCUUUCUCCUUGCUUCCUCCCUCAUCACCACUUCUUCCCUCGUUGGACUUUGCAAGAACAAUCGUCAAGUGCUCGUUUCGUCAUCGCAGCUCACACUUCAGCCAUGGACUACACUCCGCGGCCCUUGGCUCCACCCCUGGUGCCUUCUCCCCGCUCUCCUCCUCCCCAAGAGCACGGUAGCACUCCCAUCGAUGUUCCUGGCCUGAAGUCAGUGGUCAUCAUGUACAGGCCCUCGCUGGAGGCACUCACCUACAUCAUGCGUGGCGCCAAGAUGAUUCGACAGGAUAUCGGACUACAGCAGGUUGAUUUCAGUGACAUCAAUAAAUUCAUGCUAGAAGUUUCGGUUGCCACUAUGGACACAUUCAAGCGUUCAGAGCGUGCGCGUUCAGGGGUUACCUAUGGCCUCGGUCCUGAGAAUCCCUUAAGGAUGCUGAAUGGUGAUAUCGCAAUCGCCAUGAGAGAGCAGCGCGAGCUCAGGGAGCUUCUCAAACAUUUCUUCACUCAUGGUCCUGCGGUGCAGGGCGAGCCUGAGAAUGUGCCCGGUCUUGCCGGAUCGCUCAGCGACUCGCACUCUUCAAGCAGCAGCAACAUCGCGGCCGAAGAGAAUACAUUCCCAUCCGCCCGUGACCAGGGACUAGCGGCCAGGAAUGAAGACCUACGAGCCCAGGUCCAGUGCCUGACCGAGGCGAGCGAGCGUCUGGCCGCUGGGUGUGAGCGAACCACCACCGACAACGAAGAUGUGGUCAUGUCGAAGGACAACUUGUAGGAGUUGGUCGCCGAAGAUCAUCCUCCAGUCACCCAGCUCCGCGCCUUGCAGAGUGAGAGGGAGAACAUCUACUAAACACGUGCGCGCGACACGGACUGCGUGAUGGUGCGAUAGUGGCUCUAUGGAUUCACGACUGCCGCUUUCGUCAAGCUAAUCUACACCAGACCAGCCCUUUGGUGACUGCGCUCAGGGUUUGAGCUUUAGGUGACCAGGCCUUUUGGCCACCGACCCUCAGGCAAUGGCGCGGUCGAUGAUCAAGCUGUUGACGUCGAUGACGGCUGGGGGUACGGCUUUACGAUUUCCUUUUUAACUCUCCUCUCUGUCUACCCCUCCAUCUUGUCUACGCAUGGAAACAAUGUGCC